AUCUUCUCUGCUGGCCGUAGCGGGAUGGGCCUGAGCCCGGCAGCCAGCCGCAAGCACGGGAUUCGCCACUUCAGGAUCCCAUGCCUGCGCCCCAAGCGCACCUUGAAGAUCGUCAGUACCGGGCCAAGUGACACCCAACCUAAAACUGCACAGUCAACUGUGCCCCAGCCAGAGUCAGCGAAGUCUCAAGCGCUGGCGGUCAAGCACUUGCCGAAGCAAUUCAAGAAAGGCCGUGGCCUGUUUGAACAGGCCCGAAGCGUCCUGUGGAGACAGAAACUGGUAACUAAGAUGGAGAUCACAUCCAACGAGAAGGGAACAGAGCUGAUUCCAACAUCUAAGUCGGAGAUCGAAGAAACACUAAAAAAUCAAGCCGCUGAGGGUGAAUCAGUACCCAGACCUGGAGACCUGAUUGAGAUUUUCCGAGUUGGCUAUGAACACUGGGCCAUCUACGUGGAAAAUGAUUGUGUGGUUCACCUGGCUCCCCCGAGCGAGGAGUUCGAGGUGGGCAGCAUCACCUCUGUCUUCAGCAACCAGGCCAUAGUGAAGUACAGCCGGCUGGAGGAUGUGCUGCAUGGCUGCCCUUGGAAGGUCAACAACAAGCUGGACGAGACAUACCUGCCCCUGCCGGUGGACAAGAUCAUCCAGCGCACAAAAAACAUGAUCAACAAGAUAGUGCAGUACAGCCUGAUUGAGGGGAACUGCGAGCACUUUGUCAAUGACCUCAGAUACGGCGUGCCCAGGAGCCAGCAGGUGGAGCACGUUCUGGUGGAGGGAGCGAAGGCUGCAGGCGCCGUCAUCUCAGCAGUAAUGGAUGGCAUAAAACCCAAGCCCAAGUCUAUAACUGCCUGA